AUGAGCCUUGUCCAUGCCAGCAGGACUCCGUCUCUCUGCUCUCUGGGAGGAAACUGCAGCGCUGAUGGUCUCCACAUCAGGACGUCUCAGCCGGUCCACCUGCUUAUCCACCCCCCCACACACAGCUCCUACCUGCAGCCUCAUCUGUUCCCCACCGUGGACGUCCCUGACCACGCCCACUACAUCAUCGGCUCUGUUAUCCUGUUGGUCGGGGUGACGGGCAUGCUGGGGAACGCUCUGGUCAUCUAUGUGUUCUGCUGCAGCCGGACACUGCGGUCGCCUAGCAACCUGCUGGUGGUCAACCUGGCAGUUGCCGACUUCCUGAUGUCUCUGACUCAGUCUCCGGUGUUCUUCGUGGCCAGCCUGCACCGCCGCUGGGUGUUUGGAGAGCUGGCCUGUGAGCUCUACGCCUUCUGCGGCGCUCUGUUCGGCAUCGCGUCCAUGAUGACGCUGACGGCCAUCGCGGCGGACCGCUGCCUCGCCAUCACACGGCCACUGGCGCUGCUGGGCGGGGCAAGUCGGCGGCGGGUGCUGGUGGUGGUGGCGGGGGUGUGGCUGUACUCACUGGGCUGGAGUCUGCCGCCAUUCUUCGGGUGGAGCGCCUACGUCCCUGAAGGCUUGCAGACGUCCUGCAGCUGGGACUACAUGAGCUUUACGGCCGCUGUGCGCGCCUACACAGUCUUGCUGUUUACCUUCGUCUUCUUCCUGCCACUCGCCGUCAUCGCCGGCUGUUACCUGGCCAUCUUCCGGGCGGUGCAGCGAGCGAGCCGAGAGGUGGAGCGGCUGAGCGGUGGAGAGACCAACAGGGCAUAUCAGCGUCUGCGAGGCGAGUGGCGGCUGGCCAAAGUGGCUCUAGGAGUCAUUCUCCUGUUCGUGGUGUCCUGGUCGCCGUAUUCUGCUGUGGCUCUGACCGCCACCGCCGGCUACGCCCACCUGCUGACUCCAUACAUGAACUCUGUUCCUGCCGUCAUCGCCAAGGCCUCCGCCAUCCACAACCCUAUCAUCUACGCCAUCACGCACCCCAAGUAUCGCGCUGCCAUCGGCCGCCACGUGCCGCUGCUGCGCGUCGUGUUGCAGCUGCAGGAGAAGGACCUGCGCUCGUCCCUCAGCUCCAGCGCUGCGUCGUCUCGCCGUACGACACUCAGCGGCUCACCGGGGGUCCGCCUCGCCUCUGUCCGGACCGACGGCCGCUGGGGGAGGAGCCGACUGUCCUCGGCAUCCGACAGCGAGUCCUGCUGGACAGAGAGCGAAGCUGACGGGUCCAGUGCCGGAUCAGCCACCUUCAGCCGGCAGCCGUCCGCUGACGUCAGUUCUGAGCCAACAAGCUCCGCCCCUUCCUCCCAGCAGCCUGAUGGAGGCGCCAUGACGGAGACUAAAGCUCUGCUGCUCCCUCUCUGACAACUGCUGCUCACCUGGCCCCGCCCCCAUCACAUGACCCGCUCUCAUGCACGUGGCCCCGCCCCCUACCGCUGCAGCACUAAAGAAGAAGAAAGAAGCAUUUGAUUGGAUGGAGAGAAAACAGCUGGUGAUGACAUCAGUGCUGAUCCUGAACACGAAGCUGGAGCUCAGACCCUCUUUAGAGUUACUGAUUGAUUAUUGGCACGAAUCAGCAUCAACAGCAGCUGAUUUAUGAAACAGAGAUGAAGACUGAUCGAUGUAUUGAUUAAUUGAUUUCUUUCUUUUUGUUAAUGAAGUUCAGAACAAACUUUGUUUUUCUCCUUCUGAUGUUUGAAGUAAAGUUUUUUCAGUUAGGAUUAAAUACUGAUGGACUUAUUAGCAGGUAUUUAUAAUUUAUUGAUAAUCUAUUGAUGAGUUUGUGAUUAUUGAUGAGUUUCUGAUUUAUUGAUAAUUUGUGAUUACUGACCAGCCUGCAGCUCAUGUGAAUGUUGAUUAAUGAUCCUCUCAUCUCGUUUCCCGGUGAACGAGUCCUGAGAGUCGGACUGAUCGAAACCUGAUCGAACGUAUUGAUCGGUGUCUGUGUGUGGGCUGAGCUCUGCUGCCCCCUGCUGCUCACAUUUAUCCCCCUGCAGCUUUAAUCUCAGCCAUACGUUGUUCAUGUGAAGCAGCUGUGAAUAAAGUUUGAGUGGAUUGAA